AUGUUUUCGAAGGCCCUCUUGCUGGCCACUCCGGCACUGGCACUCCCUGCGUACCUCAGUUCCCAGCAGCAGCAACCGAUCCAGCCGCUCGAUCACUCCCAGGGCUACCAAUUCGAUCCUCUCUUGCAUCUGCCAGGCAUCUCGCCGUACUUCGAUGCUGUCGGCUUCGGUCUCGAGCACUCUGCACCCACGGGCUGCAAUAUCACCGCCGCUUCAUACAUUGUCCGCCACGGCGCCAUCUACGCGAACGAUGACGAGUAUGAGGAGUUCAUCAAGCCGUUCCUGUGGAAACUUGAGAAGCAUCGUAAUGGUCCGUGGUCAGGGCCAUUAGCCUUCAUGGCUAAGUGGCAGUCGCCUGUUCUCGAGGACAAGCUGGAGGAUCUGACACCGUCUGGCGCUGUCGACGCUACCAACGUUGGCAAGCAUCUGCUGGAGCGCUACCCAGACCUCGUACCAAAGACAAAGCGCAUUCUCGCUGACAAGAAGUCGCGCACAUACGACACGGCGGCGAACCUUGUCAAGGCUUUCCCUCAGGGCGAGGACAUUGAUAUCGUGCGCGUCACUACCAAUGCCAACGGCUCAAUGGAGUCUCUCAUUCCCCACAAGUCGUGUGAGAAUUUCUCCAAGACGCCGGGCACAAAGGAGCAGGACAGGUUUAUUGACAUCUAUGGCAAGAGCGUCGCAAAGCGCCUCCGACCCUUUAUGCCCUUCGAGCUGUCGCCCUUCGAUGUCGUCGGUCUCCAGCAGCUCUGCGGCUACGAGAGCGCUAUCACCGGCAAGCGCUCUGAGAUCUGCGCCGUCUUCACUGAUGCUGAGUGGAUGGCGUACGAGUACUCCUGGGACCUGAAGUACGCCUACAUGGUCGGCCCCAUGAACCCGCUCUCUCCCUACCUUGGGUUCCCUUGGUUGCAGACACAGUCUGAGCUUUUCCGCAACAUACAGAAGCGCAACCACCCUGGUGACGCUUGGCCCGAGGACCAGCGCUUCUUCCUUGGCUUCACGCACCGCGAGGUCCCCCCUUUCAUCGCGACUGCCCUCGGCCUCUUCAACUCCUCAUCCGGAGCGACCGAGGAGUUCCCCACCGACCACAUCAACUGGACACGAGCCUGGCGCAUGGCCGACCUCAUCCCAUUCCUCGGCCACGUCGGUAUGGAGCUGAUGAGCUGCGAACGCGGCGCCGCCAGCGGUGAUGGCCCCGGCGACUUCGUCCGCUUCAUUGCCAACACAGCACCGCGGCCGAUACCAGACUGCCAGGACGGACCUGGCGCGAGCUGUGGCUUUAAAGACUUCCGCAAGCUGAUUGGGAAGGGCGCGAAGAAGCACAAGGACUUCCACAAGGUGUGCGACAAGAAGGGCGGAAAGGGGAAGGGCGAGCACGAGUAA